AUAUUGUCUAUUGAUAUUAUAUUAAAUAUUAUUAUAUGCAUUCUUCAGUUUAUUUUUCUUCUUUUCACAAUUUUUCUUUGUUGCAAAGCUGCAUUACAGAAAAUACCUUUUACAACAAACAGAAUAGACAUCAGAAAAAGAAUAAAGUUAAGUAUAAAAACAUGAGGAAAAUAUGACAGAAAACAGGAAAAUUAUAAAAUACACAUAAGACACAUAAGAAGUUUUAUGGAUGUUUGUACGCUUUUUUUAUUGGUAGUGACCUGUUGUUGAUUUUUUGCAAAUUACCAGGAUUCAGGAAAUAUAGGAUCUGUAUGCCUUCAUACAGCAUCUGAAAUGUCAGUUUAACUGAUAAAAAAAUCAAAUGGCAUAAAUUGUAUUUCAGUGAGAAAAACAGCUAAAAAUAUAUACUGUAGAAGAUCCGCCUCUGUCUGUCUCAGGUGUGCAGUGUUUGGGGCAGGUGUCUAACCUCAGUCACACCCUUAUUACUCUUUUCAAUAAUUUACAGGCCACAUGGCUGACAAUAGCUCUUUUUCCUCCUACCCCUCCUCUCCACUGUCUCUGUCUUACAUACACAUACGAGACACGGGAGACAAGGUGGGAGGCCAAGAGACAGCAGCGGGUUAUCUGUGUUGUGUUUGUUGUUUGGAGAGUGGACAUUGUUUUUGGUUUCUUGUGUCACGGUGAGUUCAGGAUGUCGGCACAAAACAGUGAUCAACUUCAUCGCAGCACCCUGGGCAUUUAUACAGUAAGUGUAAAGCUUUCUUAGAAUGUGAAUUAUGAUCUCUCACAACUAUGUUUGAAAACAUGGUGAAAGGUAAACCGAUUCAAUGAUUACUAAGCAUGGAUCAUAGUUUUCGUCAUCUUAAACGUUUUAAACAAGUUUAAAUUGAAGUUGAAAUACAAUACUAAAUUGAAAUACAAUAAUAUACUCUAUAAACAUAAUUUACCGGCAUGUUAUUGUAUUAAUAAAAAAUACGAUACACUGUAUUGGAACACAUUUAAAUUUCAGAAGUAGAUUUUAGUUUGAAAACAUUGUUCUGAUAAUCUGUUUCCAAGGUGACGGAUUAGUGUGGAGUCAUUUAUAGCAAUAAAACAUGUUGACAACUGAUCUGUCAUUCGUACCAUCAUACAUAUUUUUUGUCUAUAUUGCACAGAACAUAAUGGAGCAGUUUAACCCGGGCAUGCAGAAACUGGCGGCACUGGGAAACGGCUACAUUCAGGCUUUCCAAGCCCUUGCUGUCACAAGUGAGACCUAUUUCAACGCUUUGGCGAAGAUGGGUGAACAAGCCAUGCAAAGUAUGUCCUCACGUUUGCUGGGUGAUGUAUUGAUACAGAUCUCUGAGAAUCAGAGGAGACUCACCAGUGAACUGGAGGGAGUGUUCCGUUGGUUUCACUCUGAGGUCCUGCAGGAGAUGGAGCACAACGUCAGGUUGGAUAAAGAGUACAUAUUAGCCAGCAGGAGGCAAUAUGAUAUGGAGGUGAGAAACCAGGCAACUGCACUGGAGAGGCAAAUGAGGAGAGGGGUUCCACAGGACGGCGGUGAAUAUGUGCGUUUUCUGAGGGAAAGUCAAAAAGAGGCGUUAAGGGAGGAGGAAAGAAGAUAUCGAUUCCUGGCAGAGAAACACUGCGGUCUCACAAAGUCUAUUGCCUAUCUCAUGAACAAGACAGGGGGCACUCUUCAGAGCAGAUCGGAGGGGUGGAAAGAUCUGGUGAAUCACACAAGAGAAUCUCGUCCACGCACUCCUUCACGACUAGAUGAUAAUGUGUUUGUUGAUGGUGUUAAUCGUUUGGCAGAGCCGCUGGGCAGAGUUCCCUCAAGAGGCCCGUCCCCUCAGCCCAGUCGUUCAAACUCCAUCUCAGGAUUGACUGGAGGAAGAGUGAUGCGAGCGCUGGUGUCUCACCCUGCCGCAGCAAACCCCACCCUCCUGCCGUUCAACCGGGGAGAAACCAUAAGUUUACUUGUUCAAGAGCCAAGGAACGGCUGGCUGUAUGGCCGGUGUGAUAGUUCAGGACGGCAGGGCUGGUUCCCAGCUGCUUAUGUAGGUCCCGCAGACGAGCCACCUGGACCACCUGCCCCCAGCAGCUCUCUUAGAGGCAGAAGCAGUAUGAGUAACCUCUUCGACCAACCAAAGAGCAGCAGCCACUACGUGGCUCCGCCCCCACCGCCUCCUCCACCUCAAUCAACCAAAUCCAGCAUGUCACGGCCAGUGACGCCCACCCAUUCAGAAAACAAAAGGCAACAAGAAAACUUUGGAUCUCAACCAGAACUUUUUCCAAGAGGCACAAAUCCAUUUGCCACUGUGAAGCUGAAACCCACAAAAACCAACGACAGAUCAGAUCCACGUGUAUAAAUAACAGUUCAACCAAUGACAGAUCAUCAAACAUUCUUAAAGGGAUAGUUCACCCAAAAAUAAAAAAUCUGUCAUCAUUUACUCACCAUCUUGUCAUU